AUGUCGCGAACACGCUGGCUCCUCGCAACGCUCCUGGCCCUGUCAAGCACAGCACUAUCGAUCGACAACACAACCAUGACCAUGACCCUCUCCCCACCCAACACCCCAUCCUGCGGCACCCAAGAUACCACCUCAAACGAAGCGAUAACCUUCUCCCUCACCAACACCCCCACAACCCCCCACUGCUUCAACCUCAACAGCACCUUCACUCACCCAAACACCACAGUCCCCAACUUCACCUACACACUAACCGGAACCUCCUCCUUCGACUACAGCCUCAACUACUCCCAAAUCUCCUACUCCCAACCCGCAUCCACCUCUACCAACCUAACCUUGAAAACCUACAACGGCCUAGACUGCAACCAAGUCGCCGAAUCCGAUGGUCUGAUCGAACCCUGGACCGAGUGGACUUGUAGUACUCCUUCCUCGGGGGACGGGGAGUGUACGACGCUGCCGUACUCGGUGCGGAGUUUUGAGAUCCGGCCGGUGGGUGAGAGGGAAAGAAGGAGUGGGAUGGAGUGUGUGGUUGCUGCUGCGUAUGGGAAGGAAUCUGCCGCCUCGGGGAGGGUGAAGGUGGCGGGUUGGGGAGUGGUGGGAGUAGCGGUGGGAGUUGUGGUGGUGAUGUGUGGGUAA